CUUGCCACUGAACAGCUAUUAGUACGCAUGACAGAGGCUCCACAGCUCGAGGGCACAAGCUCUCUGGCCUCACUACUCGCGUAUGCGCCGCAAUCAUCCAAGGCUGCUCUGGACUUUUCCUGCCUCGACAGCUUGACCUUUGGAACCUUGGCGGAUGCAUGCACCCAAAUCCUGGCUCAGAAAGAGCAGGACGCUGACCUCCGUCUCUCACUCAGCGGAAGACUGAGAGAGCUCGAGAGGAAAAUUGAGAGGAUGGAGAGUGAGAAAGGGGAUAUGCUCGCUCAGGUGGAUAGCUGCAAGAGGAAUGAGGAAAUAGCAAAGACUCAGGCGAGCCUCACGAAGACGCAAUUGAAUGCCUCAGAGUCGGUGAAAAGGCAGCUUCAGCAGGACUUGGGUCGGUCGCGUAGGGAGAAUCAGGCGCUCAAAGCCUCUACGCGUCAGGCAAAGCUGGUCAACGAUCGCUCAGUUGCUCGACAGCGAGAGCGCUUCGCAGACGCUGCCAUCCUGGCUGCUCGCAAUGGAUGUUCUCGACUCGUGGUGGUACCUGGAGUCUUCCCUGCCAAGGGCAGCAGCAGCUUGCAGGAUUCAGCGUCCUCUCUUUACCGGCAGCAAAUCUCCGAGCUGGAGACGCAGAGGAGCAGUACCCUCGCCAGCAACUCGGCGAUGCGAAGGCUCUGCACAGAGAGUAUCAACGCGCUUGGCGAAGCUUCGGCUGCCCUGACAGGAGACAACGCGCCCAGGUCACUACAGUCCGAUCUGUUCCCAUCGGGUCGGCCGCUGCGAAAGGAUUAUACCUUGGCAGCCCAUGCUUCAGCUCAUCCUGCAGUGAGGGCCCUAUCGUUGGCGAUCGCUGCCAACGAGAAGGCCUUGUUCGCGUGGGAAGGGGAGAGAAAAGCCCUCAAGGAAAGCGCUGCUCCCGCUACCGAGCAAGCAACCUCAGAAGAGGGAGAGCAGCUCCAAAAGUCUACAGGAAGUCGCCCCAAAGCUACCCGUAUCCCUCUACGGUCGACUUCCGCCUCUGCGAGACCAGUGGUAGACUUAUCUGAUUCGGAUGCUCAAGAGCGCUUGGCCUCAGAGCUACACAAGCUACAGACGCAAUUGCUCGAGAGGGAAGCAGACUUGAAGAAGAUGGAAGAUCGUCUCGAAGAGCGUGAGCAGCAGGUGGAAGAGGUCAGACAGAGGGCAGAAGCCGCUGAGAGGCGGGAGACAGAGGCUAUGCAAUUCGCAAGGGAGGAAGCGGCUAGGUCGAUUGCCGAGGCGCAGGCACAACAAGAGCAAGAAGAUGCCACUACACCGCAAGAUGCGCCGAUGACGGAGCAGCUUGCUCAGGCAGAAUUCGAUUCACACGCAGAGGCAGAUCAUACCGCUCACAGCGACAUGUCGUACGUCCUUGAAUCGGUGGGCCCGAAAUCGAGCGCCAGGAGGACGCAAUCGCACCAGCCUACCUACGAGGUUCCGGUCCAGCGACUGGUCAGCUCUGAGCUCAAACGCAGCAGAGAUGAUUUGGAGAGCGAAGACGCAGGGGAGGUAGAUGAGGAUGGCAUCGACGAGGAUGGCCAAGCAGAGCUAGACGCUUCCUCCGAGCCCGCUCCCAAACAUUUUCCAAGUACUACCCCGCCCGCAGUCGAGAGCGCAAAGAUCGAAGAUGGGGCUCGUCGACCUCGCAAGACAAACACAGAACCAUCCUCUUCAGCAUCAGCAUCGUCCAAUGGAGCCGCCGCCGCUGCCUCUUCAUCAACAAAACGGCAGCGUGUGAGCGGAGCAGAGGUUGCCUCACGCCCCGCGCUAAGCUCCAGAGACGUGCCCAAUCAGCGGAGCGUCUCUUCCUCCUCAUCUUCUUCCUCCUCUGCAAGGGCGAGGGAGAACGCCACACAGCCUGCCCCCGCGCUGUCGUCACUACCGCCUAUGAGCUCCACACCCGCUGCAUCUGCGUCUGCUGCGCCUACGGCCGGGAAGAAGAGGGCAGCAAAUCCUUCUGUGCUGCAGGCUGCGUUGGAGAGGAGGAGAAGGGCCGCCGCCGCCGCCGCCGCCGCUGGUGCUGCUGGUGGUGGGGACGGGGUGAGCAAGUGAGAAGGUGGCGUUUGAUUCGCGCUCGUGUUCUGGUGGGCCUGAUUGAUACAUGGAUUUGUGUACUUCUUGCUGUUCCUCUCCCGCUUUCCUUUAUACCUUUCCUUCUCGUCGUCGUCGUCAAUUGUCAUCUAAUAUUGCGUACCACGUAGGCUUUGGGCUGGAAGGGUGUAAUGCUUGAACGAGUGGCAUU